AUGGGAGAGUCACCUCCUUCGUCCCCCGGAGUUCCACCGGUCCAGCUGCGAGACUGCCUAGAGGAACUACUGAAAUUCACGCUCCUUUCCUCCAUUAAUGGCAGAAUCCACACCGGCCUCUCUGUUCAUUAUUGUGCCAAGCUCCUUGAACACGACGAUCCUGCAAACCCCAUUCUCGCCGACUACGGAGUUUCUAGCGGAGUUCCAUCAUAUCCUUUAUACAAGCACCUGGCAGCCUCGCUUUAUCAGUUAAUACAUUUUGGAACAUUGUGCACAACACAUAAAGAAAUUAUACCCAUGCCUGAAGAUCGUUCGUUAAAGAAUAAGGACGGAGAAUGGAACAAGCUAGUUAUGGAAAAGGGUUCUUCUUUACUGAGUAUGCUGAAACAAGUGGAUUUUGAGCUUCAUGUUCAGGAGCCUUUCUUUUCCCAGCUCAAUGAUGGACUGAAAACAGUUGAAGGACGAUGUGCUGUUGGAGACUACAAUAGAAUUCAGGGCGGAGAUUUGCUGUUAUUCAACAAAUGCCUGACACUUGAAGUCAAGGAUACCCGGAAGUAUGCUUCGUUUCAUGAGAUGUUGGAAGCAGAGAUUCUAGCAGAAGUUCUUCCAGGAGUAUCAAACAUUGAGGAAGGCAUCCAAAUCUAUAGAAGAUUCUAUUCGGAAGAAAAGGAAAUGUCAAAUGGUGUUCUUGCUAUAUGUGUUAAAACGCCGCCUUCUCAGCCUCAUGUUAUUAUGGCCUCCCUACUUUCAGAUUUGAGUUACAGUGGAGUUCAGAAACUUCUUGGCUUUGUUGAGACUACAGGAACAAAUCCAGAAUUACUUCCUCCUUCAGCUUCAACUCUACUGUCAACAUUUUCGGCACCACAUAAUCCUGAUGUUAAAGGUUCAAAUUUGACAAAUGGUGCCAGGGCUCUGGCAAAGCAUGUUAACAGAAGCAGAGAAGGAUAUUGGGGCUUCUUACGUGGCAGCGACUCUGAGAAAAAUAGGCACGCAAUGGAUGUAAUUAGAAGCCUCUUGACCCACUGUAGCUGGAUGAACAUGCAUAUUGUUCGACCACAUGGAAAUGUCUUAGAGGUUAGGACGGAUGAUGGUUAUGGUGCAAGGUGGUCUGAGGACGGAUCUAAGUUUAUAGGAUUUCUAGAGCCUUACAUGGUGGAUGGUUACUCGUGCGGCUGGAAACAUUAG